AAAGGAAAGGGAAAUAGGAAAGGGGAAGGAAAAAGUAAGAAAUGACAGAUAGGAAGGGGGAUGAUGACAAACUUGGAGGAUGAGGGAUAGAUUUGAGAGAGAAGGAUGAGCCAUUGUGUGUGUGUGUGUGUGUAUUAGAGUAGAAGUAGGGGAGUGAGUUGAAGUAUAUUGUAUCAUGAAGUACGCCUUAUAUAUGUAGCUCAGAACAUGGAAGGACAGUUUUGUGUAUAGGAAAUCUUGUCAGCUGAACGCUGCUCACACUAACAAUACUUUGCCUGGCAUGUUGUAUAGUAUAAAUUAUGAUUAAGAGGUUUAUGUAGAAUAUACAAAAGAUAACUAUGCCACCUGAGGGGGUGAGAUUAGGAGGGGAAAACAAUUCUAUACAGACUCAAUCUGGAAGAGGGAAGCAAUGUCACAUGUGGCUACAUGAUUUGUUCUUUGUUGAAUCUCAGGCACCACAUGCUAGAGACAGGUAAGACUAUGGGCUAAGGAACAUAUAACUUGAGACAUCAGGAAUGUGUGUAUGGCAGGUGGGAUAGAUAUAAGUAGUAGAGAAUGAGGAAAAUGGGGGUGGAUAGUCUGGGGGGAGAGUGGAGGGGUCAUGAAAGAAAUAAAGAUCUGGAAGAUCCCUGGGGGCUCUUCCAAUUCAGUCCCCCUCCCCCUUCACAUUCAUGUUACCUUUCCCCUAAACCCUCCUAACCCCACUCCCUUUUCCCAGAACCAUGGUCUCCUAGCCCCCAGCCUUCGGUUCUCCCUCCCAGCCUCAACCUUUCCUGCCUUCGGCAGAAACACCAGCUCGUUCUUCUAAGCCCUGGGGGCUUCCCCGGCCAGGCUAGGGCCCUGAACCCUCCCGCCCUGCUGCCGCUUCCUCUAUAAAGGGACCCAGGCGUCCGGGCCCAGGAAGCCCAGCUCAUAGCAGGUUCUCCCCAUGACCUCAUCUGGAGUCCUGUGCCUCCUGGGGGCGCUGUGCCUCCAGGUGCUUUGGCUGCAGCUAUCAGGGGCUCAGGGGGCUCCCAAUCCUGAUAACUCCCACUCAUCUAGCCCAGCCCCACCUCAGACACCUCAGCAUCUCAGCCAGAAGAGCCCAAAAAGAGACACCCUCAAACCAGCUGCCCACCUUGUUGGAGAUCCCAGCACCCAGGACUCUAUACAUUGGAGGGCAAGCACAGACCACGCUUUCCUCCGACAUGGCUUCUCUCUAAGCAACAACUCCCUGUUGGUCCCCACAAGCGGCCUCUACUUCGUUUACUCCCAGGUUGUCUUCUCAGGAGCCAGCUGUUCUUCUGAGAUUACUCCUACCCUACUCUACCUGAGCCAUGAGGUGCUCCUCUUCUCCUCCAAGUACCAGGUUCAUGUACCCCUCCUGAGUGCCCAGAAGUCUGUGUGCCCAGGGACCCAAGGACCCUGGAUGAGAUCAGUCUACCAAGGAGCUGUGUUCCUGCUCACCCAGGGAGAUCUGCUUUCCACUCAUACAGAUGGUGUCUCUCACCUGCUCCAGUCCCCUAGUAGUGUCUUUUUUGGGGCCUUUGCACUAUAGAGAAAGAGAAAAAUAAAGAGGAAAAUGGCUUCAAGGCCCACCUCCAUGGCCCUUUCCUCUAUUCUGAAAGUUUCAAGGGUCCACACCAACAUUCCCUGCUUCCACCAUUGCUUCGGUUUCUUUCAAGUAUUUCCCUUCUCUGUAACCUCCAGAGAUGGAAUUCUGGGUGGUGUGAAGGCUCUCCAGAAUGGGGGUUGAGGUGAAGGCAACCAAACACCCCACUACCCCUGAACCACUGCCAGAUGCUGGACUGAGAAUUUCAAGUCUAACCAGAACUACCUAGACAAAAGUAAUUUGGUUGGCUGGCUCAUAGUCUGAAUGGGGUUUAAGACUGGCCAUGGAAGGAAAAAGGAAAGAAAGGGUGUGUAGGGUGGGUAUCAGGGGUUGGUUGGGACAGGGAAUGGGGGAAAUUAUUUAUGAAUGGUGAUUAUUAAAUUAUUUAUUUAUAAAGAAGCAGAGAAUGGGAAGAGGGAGAUAGAAAGACAGAAAGAUAUCUCAGGGAGACAUAUCAGGUAGACACACAGGCAAAAGAGAAAAAGUAGAAAAGGAAUGAGGGAGGGAGGGAGUGUUUCAGGUGAAAAGGAGAAGGGCUUGUAAAAAUGGGGACAACAGAGUGCUAGGGACCCUAUCUGGACCUAUGCCCUCAGCAAAGUUCAAUAAAUAUUUUUCCUCUGA